AUGGAAUGUUUCAAUAACUCAAUGAAAAUCUCCGCCGCCGGUACAAGCUUUCUGACCAGAAGACCACCAUCUAAAAGACCCAAAAAUAAACCAGGAAUGCCCAAAGAUUUUGUCUUUGUUGAUUUGCUGCCGGUGAAGACGCAAGAAGCGGAGAUGACAGGAUCGAACGAUUUGGCGUCGAUUUCGUCGGCACCUACUUCUGCGUCCGCUUCCACAUCUGGAUCGCUUCCACCUUCACCUACAUCUGAUGACGACUCAAUUUUCUCAAACCUCGACUCUGCUACUAUGAUGAGCGAGUUGGACGGCACCGGUGCCUAUGUGCAGGACACGUUUUCCACCGAUACUAGAGCAGAGAUGGGAUUAGGUAUCAUGAACAUUGAUUUCGGGAUGGGCUGGCAGUCUCAGGAGGCUGCGUCUGGUGCCGCUGAGCUCGCUCCUCUUGCAUAUUCAAUGAAUGGCAUCGACACCUCAUCUACCCCACAUUUCAACAACUUUGUGUUUGGCACGACGCGCGGCGAAGAUACUUCCAACACCAUGCAGCCUCGCGGGCAUAAACGUGCAUACACUGUUGGUGAUAUUUCAACUGGUGCAGCACCAAAUCUCAAACGUUCGAAAAGUACCGGAGACAAAAGAAGAAGUGGGGAGAUCCAAUUCAAGGCGUAUCACGCUCCUGUGGCUGGUCCCAGGAAGCAACUUAGUCAUAGACACACCAUGUCUGCCCCAGUGGUUCCACAAAUCAAAUCGCAGCAGCCGCAACCCAUUUCUAAUUUGGAAGAUUUCAUGCUUCUUAACGAGCAAAUCACCGUUUUUUUGAGUGAUUCUGACACUUCUGAUGCUGGUGAGUACUCGCCUGUAUCGGAGUUUGUUCCUGAAGUGGACAAUAUUAAACUUUCAAACUUUAAAGGAUGUGCAAAUGACCAGUUUAUGGCUCAUAAACCCGAGGAAUUUGACUUUAAUUCGUUUGUGACAUUCUAA